GUAGAGGAGAGAAUAGUUAGAGUCAAGGACGUUGCAUAGGAUGGACUAUGGGGAAAUACUAUCCCACACUGGAUUUUAGAUAUUGCAGAAUCACUGUGAUUUGUAGCAACUUUUUGGUGUGAAACUGUGAUUCGGUGUCAUAGAUGUGAUUCUUUGUUUCAUUCUAAGGAAUAUUUGGUAUCUAAUAAAAAAGGAUGUUGCGCUGGGUCGUAGUAACUAUAGCCGUGGUGACGAUCGGCGCCCGGGGAGAUAUCUUCUCUUCCACAGCUCACUUACAGAACCUUCUGCAUUUGGAGCGACAUCUGGUGACGACGCUGCACGACUACGUAGACAAAACGGAAGAUAAAUUGAAUCAAGUCAAGAGGUACCUAAAUCUCUUUUAUGAUUCUUACCAAGAGGUGCUAGAGCAGAAGCUUCCCGCUCCUGCGGACGGUGACGAAAUGGUCGCCAAUCCACUUCAAGCCUUUCAGCUGGUUAGGAGGCUUUCCGUCGACUGGGGUUUCAUUAAGAGUGCCAUGAAUACAGAUGACUGGCGACCCAUUCGCAAGUUGGUGAGUGACUACCGGCAGCUAAUGCCCAGCAAAGAUGACCUCCAGGGUGCAGCGCUGGCGCUGGUCCGUUUGCAGGACACCUACAGGCUCAACAUGACGGACGUGGCCAGGGGAGAAGUCUUGGGAAUACCUCAGGGAACAUCACUCAGUGCUCGCGACCUGCUGUUCCUGGGAAAACAGUCCUUCACGGCUGGUUACUACGCACACGCCAUCAGUUGGUUAGAAGAAGCCAUCAAGAAAGCCCAUCUCGAGGGCAACCGCACAGCUAGUGUCGCAGAGGUCAUGGCCUUCUACGCUUCUGCAGUUGACAUGCAUGACCGACUUUUCGAACGUACAGAUCUGGAUUUGAAGGACUAUGAUACAUUUGGUCAUCCUUUGAAGAGUAAUAGAUCGUCUGCCGUUCUAUUAGGGAGGAGAAAUGUUUUCCGUCUUGGCAAUGACAUCACCCCUAUGGAAGAACAAGAGAACUACAUGGCACUCUGCAGAGGGGAGAGACUUGUCAGUGUUGCUCAAGAAUCGAAACUGGUGUGUCGGUUGGACAAUAAAGGCCAUCCCUACUUGUUGCUCCGACCCUUAAGGAUAGAGGAACGAAGUCUGGAUCCCUAUGUUGUGAUGUACCAUGAUUUGCUCACUGAGGCACAGACGGAACUAUUGAAGCAAAUAGCAGAACCUAAGCUGGCUCGUUCUAUGGUGCAGGCUGGAAAGGGCAGCGAGGUGGUGUCCGUGAGCAGGACAAGCCAGAAUGCUUGGAUCGGCCCCCAUGACCAUCCAUUCAUGGCCAAAGUCUAUCGCCUAGUAGAAUUCGUCACCGGCCUCUCCACGGAUGUUGAUAAGGAACAUGCAGAAAUCGUACAGGUGGCAAACUACGGCAUGGGGGGACACUACACACCACACCACGACUAUCUCCUCGUCGACAAGGAUCCAGAAGAAAUGAAAUACGUUCAUCCGAAAGAAAUAGAGGCCGGAGACCGAACAGCUACUCUCAUGUUUUACUUAACCGAUGUAACGAGAGGUGGCGCUACAGUCUUCCCGAGAGUUGGAGCAGGUGUAUGGCCAAGAAGAGGUUCUGCAGUUUUCUGGUACAACCUAAAACAAAAUGGGAAAGAGAAUCCAUUGACACUUCAUGGUGCAUGUCCUGUCGCUAUCGGAAGCAAAUGGGUUGCCAACUUUUGGAUCAGGGAAAAAGGCCAAUUAUUCCGACGCCGAUGUGCCCUCGACCCGGAGCUGUGAUCCCCACGACAAACAAUCACCGACUUUGAAGCUAGUCCACGUUUUUAUCUUAAGGAGGAGGCUGCCUGUUCUGCCCUAUCGGGAUUAUCGAAAGUGAAAGAAAACUUUCCUCCUUUGUUAAAAUAUUUUUGUUGCCUAAAUGACGAUUAUGAUUGAUGAUGUCACUGUGACCGGAACCUAAGCUUAUCUCCUAUACAUUAUAUACAAUUUCAUACAUAAUAAUAAUUCUAUUGUUGGGGAGAAACUCAUCAAGAUAGAUGGUCUUUUCAUGUCUUGCAUUUCUUUGUAUCCUGGCAAGAAUCUUUACAAAAAAUAAUGUAUAAAUAUUUUUUAAAAAUUGUAUAAUUUUUAAGGAUGUUGUACAAAAUGUGUAUAUGAAUCAAUGAUCAUAUUGAUCGAAUUAUUUGUUUUCAUUAAAAAGCAGAGAAUCAGUG